UUCCGCCAGGCCUCCUCGGCAUUUGAUCCCAGCACAGUUGACAUGGGCAUCAAGAGCACGUGGUGCAACGACAACACAAACUUCUGCAACAACGUGUGUCUCAACAUGACGUGGGGUGCGCCCAUCAACGACGGGUGCGAGGCGUCCAACCUCCAGUGGCACUGCACGUGCGGCAACGGCAAGAACCCGGACCCGGAUAUCUACACGUUCCCGGUCAUGCACUACACCUGCCAGCACGAGGUGCAGCAGUGCCAGGACCACUGCUCGACCGGCGACAUCAGGUGCACCCAGGAGUGCCAAGGGGACAGGAACUGCACGGCG